AUGGACAAAACCUGGAUUCUUAAGUCACGAGAUAGCAUAGAAUAUAAACAAGGACUGAAUAUGUUCCUAGACUUUGCAUUUGCGAAUGCAUCGUCGGAUAACAUCAUAAAGUGUCCAUGCCCUCAAUGUGGGUUUCAAUUUAUGCAAACAAGAGAGGAUGCGUACGACCACCUGUUGAUGAAGUCGUUUCCCGCUGGGUAUACUUUGUGGUUGCGUCAUGGUGAGAAACCAGCUGAGGAGAGCUCUAGUUGCACACCGAUAGUUGAGAACCCUACCCCCGACGUGAAUCCAUAUCUUCAAAUGGUACACGAGGCAUUUAACUUCACAAUGCCUACUGGAAGUGAGGAGACCACAACAACGGAUCCUGUAGAAGACGAUGAUAUAGAGUUGCCGUACGAUGGUCCAAGUCGCGAUGCACAGGAUUUUGCCGAUCUUCUUGCGGAUGGAGCGGAGGAGUUAUAUCCCGGCUGCUCGAAGUACUCAAAAUUAUCUUUCCUAGUGAAACUUUAUCACAUUAAGUGUAUGUGUGGUGUGAGUGACAAGGCUAUGUCGAUGAUUCUGGACUUAUUGCGGGAUGCAUUUGAGCAAGCCAAAUUCCCGUCCACUUUGUAUGAAGCCAAGAAAACUAUCCGAAAGUUAGGGAUUGAGUACAAAAAGGUCGAUGCAUGCCCGAAUGAUUGCAUGUUGUACCGAGGUGAGUAUGAGAACGCGACGAAAUGCAAGCAGUGUGGGACUUCACGAUGGAAGCAGAAGACGCGAAAGGGUUCCGUUACGAAACUAAAAAUACCUGUCAAAAAAAAUGGAAAGCCUCUCCCAGCAAAGACUCUCCGUUACUUUCCUCUUAUACCACGACUGCAACGGUUAUUCAUGUGUAGCAAAACUUCAUCUGACAUGUUAUGGCAUAAAGAGGCAGACAAUAACGAUGGGUACUUGAGGCAUCCAAGGGACGCUGAAGCAUGGAAAGAUUUUGAUGCAAAGUAUCCUGACUUUUCCAACGAUGCUCGCAGUGUUCGCUUAGCCUUAGCAAGUGACGGUUUUAAUCCUUUCAGAAAUAUGAGUACGACGUAUUCCAUUUGGCCUAUGAUUCUUAUUCCGUACAAUCUUCCUCCUUGGCUACGCAUGAAACAGUCAUCUUUUAUACUAUCUAUGAUUAUUCCCGGUCCUAAAAUGCCGGGUAACGACAUUGAUGUUUAUUUGGAGCCCCUGGUGAAUGAGUUGAAGCAACUCUGGGAUGGCGUUGAAACUUAUGACGCUAAUAAAGGGACCACUUUCAAGAUGCGGGCGGCGCUAAUGUGGACUAUUAGUGAUUUUUCAGGGUUGGAAAAUUUGUUUGGGUGGAACACGUACAGUGGGUUAGCUUGUCCUACGUGUAACGUGGACGCUAAGGCUCAUCGACUAACAUUCAGUCGAAAAUGGUGUUACACGGGCCAUCGCCGCUUCUUGAAUCAGGGCCAUAAAUAUAGAGUAGACCGGACUAGAUUUGACGGAGAAGUUGAAAGCAGAGAUCCACCGAAGAAUUAUUCUGGAAUAGAUGUCUUAAGGCAGCAGUCUAACUUGCAAGUAUCGUUUGGGAAGAACCCAACUCUGACAGCAAAAAGAAGACGCAUUGGUGAAGAUGCAGAUCAAGAUGACUCGGUUUGGAAAAAGAGGAGUGUGUUCUUUGAACUCCCGUACUGGAAGGAUCACAUGCUGCGUCAUAACCUUGACGUGAUGCACAUAGAGAAGAACAUUUGUGACAAUGUGGUCUACACUAUCUUAAAUGAUAGCGUCAAAUCAAAAGAUAAUCUUAAAGCGCGCAAAGAUUUACAAAGCAUGGGCAUAAGGCCUGAAUUGUGGCCGGACGAAGGUGGUAAAUAUCAUUCAGCAAAAUUCACAAUGUCUAAUCCACAGAAGGAUGUAUUUCUGAAGACUCUACAGAACGUGGUCUUUCCAGAUGGUUACUCGAGCAAUAUUGCUCGUUGUGUUGAUAUCCGGCAGCGCAAGUUGUAUGGGUUGAAGAGUCACGACUGCCACAUUCUAAUGGAACAAUUACUUCCAAUUUUGGUGAAAAAUGCAUUGCCAAGUCCGCUUGGUGCCCUUCAGACACAUGUUGUGCAAACUCUGUGUCAGAUGGAAAUGAUAUUUCCUCCAUCGUUUUUCACUGUCAUGGUUCACCUUAUGGUGCACCUCGUUGAUGAACUAAAACUUGGUGGCCCGGUACAUUAUCGGUGGAUGUAUCCAAUAGAAAGGUACUUGGGACAAUUGAAGCAAUACGUGCGUAACAGAGCACAAGCUGAAGGCUCAAUUGCGGAAGGAUAUUUAUCCGAGGAGAUUUUGACAUUCUGCUCCAGAUACUUGGAAAAUACUAAGACUAGAAUCAACCGACCAGCGCGAGUUGACGAUCGACCUGUUGAUAUUAUAGAGAAUACAGGAUGUACUAUGUUCCCUGAAAUUGAAAAAGCUUCAGGGGCUGUAUCACAUUUUGUACUGACCCCAAUGGAAAGAGAUCAGGCACAUCGUCAUGUGCUAGUCAAUUGCGAGGCCGUCGCUCCAUUUAUUGAUAAGUUUAGGUCAGAAACCAAGCGAAAAUUAAGGGAUCAAACAAGGUCGCACUCUAAGAUAGACCGUGUUGUGCAUGCAGAAUUUCCUCGGCGGUUCAAGCGUGAGGUUCCAAUGGACAGUACUGUACAUUCGAAAGAAAUGAAAUUGCUGGCAUGUGGUCCCAUGCUUCAAGCAAGACGGUUUGGGGCAUACAACGUCAAUGGAUACAAGUUUAGAACUAUCACAAAGGAAGACGGGCUGAAAACACAAAAUAGUGGAGUUUAUGUCUCAUCAAAUACAAGAAGUUAUGCCAGCAUGCGUGACAACAGAGUGGCUGUUGGUAUUGUUCCAUAUUAUGGAAAAAUUGUGGACAUAAUCGAACUGAACUACAGUUGUCAUUUCACAGUGGUUUUGUUCAAAUGUAUUUGGGCUGAUACAACUACGAGCAGAGGAAUCAAAGAAGACCAUCUGGGCCUUACCAGCGUUAAUUUCGCUCGUCCAAUUCACACCGGUGAUCGAGAAGAGGAUGAACCGUACAUAUUGGCAUCAGAAGCUCAGCUCGUGUACUAUGUGCGUGAUGAAGUAGAACAAGAAUGGAGUGUAGUGGUUCAUGUAAAACCACGAGACUUGUAUGACAUGGGAGGAGAAAAUGAGGAUGUUGAAGCGACUUUUUCUCCUCAGCGCGGGUUGAACAUGUCAGCAGCAGGUGACAUCAGUGAUUUACAGUUGAUAAGGAACGAUGAUAUAGAAGACCAAGUAGCAGAUGUUUCUGAUAACAUAGAUUAUGUGCCAUAG